AUGGAUUCCAUGCGCGUCCGCACGACCGUGACAGUGCUCACGGCUCUGGCGACCGUGAUCCUCGGUCUCGCGUUGUUCCACGGGCACCCGAGUUCUCCCCCUGGACUGCUGCUCGCGCGCACGCAGCAGUCGUCGCCCGGACACUGCCCGGCGCGUGCUGCCCCGGGCGGCCCCACGCAAGCCGGCGCGGAAGCCGUGUCCCUCUGGUGGGGGGCGUUCGCCGUCGCAGGCCCCGGGGUGUUGCAACUCCCUGCGUCGGGCCUGUCCGAUGGCGCAGCGGCGCUCACGGCUGGGGGCGAGCUGAUCCGAGACAGCAGCUUCGCCAUGCAGCCGGGCAACGACGAGCCAUUCGAGCUGGCCGACGGCUGGUCUGACUGGCCGGAGGUUCCGCUGCCGGGCGAAUACUUCUUCCUUUAUACCAACCAGUGGGCCUUGAACUACCAGCACUUUCUCGCCGAGCUCGCUCCGAAGCUCGAGGUCUACCUCUCCGUCCUCUACCCACGCGUGCGCCUCCUCAUACCCCCCCUCCUUGACACCAGCCUCCUCAGAGAGGUCCUGAGCACCCUGGGCGUCGACGUCGGACCCGCGGAGCACACCUGCGGCGCCACCGAGGAGGGCGCGUGCGGGCCCGUGCCGCUCGCGAUGUGCCCCGAAGUGCGCUACAAGCCGGAUGUUCUCGCGACGGCUUCUUACUCGGACAUUUACGACUCCGACCACUCGCUCAAAGUCAGGUUCCUGCGCCGGCUCCGCGCGGCGCUGGGGCUCCCGACUGCUGGCGCGCCGAGCGAGCCCCGCGCGGGCCGGCAGGCGGAGCUGGCGGGCUGCAGCAGCGAGGAUGGCGCCGCGCAGCCGCGGGUGGUGUUCCUGUCCCGGAGAGACAGCGCGGAGAUCGGGGCGGACCGGAUGGGCAACGCGGCGGGUGCGGCACGUGUCGUGAUCAACAGGGAUGCCCUCGUCGACGCACUGGAGACGGCAACAGGCGGCUCUCUUGCGGUGGUGGAAUUGGGCAAAGUGAGCUUGCAGGACAAGGCCGGGGCUGUCGGUUGCGCGGACAUCCUCGUCACUCCGUUCGGCGCGAACCUGAUGAACCUCUUCUUCGUUCCCCAGCCGCGCCACGUCGUGGUGGUCGUAAACACGCCGUACGUGCCGGCGAUCGACUGGUUCCGCGGGGUGGCCGCGGAGGUGUACGCGGAUCCACAGGGGACCACGAUGCACGCGUUUGAGUACCCGAGCGAGGGCGAUGACAAGAACGCCCCCUACGAGGUGGACGUCGCGCAGGUGGUCGGGCACGUAGAACAGCUGCUGGCGGGGGGGGAGUGA